CUUUUUUUCUCCCUGUCCCAUCGGCAAGGUGGGAUGGUCCAUUUGGCAGAGACCAAUUGGAGGUGGGGCUCUCUUUCCGAUUAGUCUGGUGCGUUUUUGCGGCAACAACACCUGGGAGCGGAAUAACCGGGCUUUCUCAGCGGCCAAGGCUCCACUAAAGUUGUUCCGACAGGCUGUAGCUGAGUGCGCGUCAGUCCAGCCCAGGUUGCUGCCGCCCGCUCAUAGUGCUGGGCCCACCAGUUGCAGCUUAGGUGGGAGCUCCGUCAAGGUCCCGGGCACGAUACUCGCGAGAGCUUCAGAGACGGAACGAAGCCACCCAACACCACACCCUGCAGCAUCGCCAACCGCUAUUCACAAUGGAGGUCCUACUGGGUAUCACGGGCAAGGACUUCACCUUGAUCGCGGCCUCCAAGGCCGCGAUGCGGGGAGCCACGAUCCUGAAGGCGUCGGACGACAAGACGAGGCAGCUGAACAAGCACACCCUGAUCGCCUUCUCGGGCGAGCCGGGCGAUACAAUCCAGUUCGCCGAAUACAUCCAGGCAAACGCGAAGCUCUACUCGAUGCGCAAUGAGACUGACCUGUCGCCCUCGGCCCUGGCACACUUCGUCCGGGGCGAGUUGGCGUCAAGCCUCCGAUCGCGCAAGCCAUACACCGUCAAUCUGCUCCUGGGCGGCGUCGAUCCCAUCACCCACAAGCCGAGCCUCUACUGGCUAGACUACCUCGCGGCCCUCGCACCGGUCCCGUAUGCGGCACAUGGUUACGCCCAGUACUAUUGCCUGUCGAUUCUCGACAAGCACCACCACCCCGAUAUCACCCUCCACCAGGGUAUCAAGAUUCUCAACAUGUGCACGGACGAGCUCAAGAGGAGGUUGCCCAUCGACUUCAAGGGCAUGGUUGUCAAGGCGGUGACCAAGGACGGCAUAAUCGAUAUCGAGUUUGAUGACGACAAGGUGGUUCACAGUGCCUGAGGAAAAUUAAGAAAAUGAUGAACAAGAUACCUCUCGGUCGUGCCACGCUCACGUUUCCUCCUCGCCUCGCCAUGGGCCUCGUUUGGGAUGCAUGCACGUUUGUAUUAUUAGACCGGGCGCAAGGUGCUAUCGAUGGACAUUUGGCAAGAAAACGACAUGUCAUGGGAGAAAGUGGGCAACGGCGGACAUUCGAUCUCAAGGAGCGUGAUCGCGUGUGACGUUUGGGCCUUGCCAGAACAUCACUGGGCGCAAGUCAGGCGCCGCGGCAAACAGCAACGCCUAAGCGUUCAGGCCGCACUAGGAAGGCUGGCCGACUGCUACAGGCCUCACUGACUCAAAGCGCAGUAAACCCGACAUGUGAGGUUUCACCAUAUGUGAUGUGAGAAUCGAGAAUGCGUGUGCC